UUAAAAAAAAAAAAAACAAAAAACAAAAAUCCCUUUGCAUCUUCUUCGUCCUCCCUCUCUCUUCAUUCCGUCGUAAAUACAGACAUCUUCCGUACAAAUCAGGAGGUGUCUGACGCCGGCGCUCUCGUUGGGUGUUCUUAUUCAACCAUCCAAUUCGAUCCAAACCCCACUCCCUCUCCUUUUCCUAUUUUCAUUCCGAUCCCGACCCAUCGCGCUCUGUUCCUUUCUCUCUUUGCGUAGGGGCUCUAGAUUUAUUUGGGAGCUUUCAGAAAGGGUUAAUUGCCAAUUCGACGCGUUCAGUUUACGGAUUCUGUACUUGCUCAUUUCCAUGCGCUUCAUCGAAUUUCUGAGUAAUUGAAAGCAUUAGCGCAUAGUUUUCGCCUGGGGUUUUGAUUUUUAACAUGUCAGCAGCUUCGAGGGGUAGAGUUACCAUUACACUCGGCCGUAGCGGACAGGUAGUUAAAAAGGCCAGCCCAGGGACCGAUGUUUCAGUCUCUGAUUCUUGGCCCGUGUCUGGAACUAAGCGGUCUGUAAGAGAUAGGUUGGGAAGUAGCUCUGAUAGUGAUGGGUUAUAUGGAAGCCAACUCGCCAACAAACGAUUACGAGGAGAUGAUGGUAUGUCGAAUUGGAGUUCUAAUGGGUUGGACGUGUCACACUCACACAUUGGUAAAGAUGACCUUCGGUAUAAACUUUUGCAAAAAGAUGCAUUCAGGCGUGCUCAAAGUGAUAAUAAGAAGUGUUUAGAUCUUCGGGAGAGGCUACCUAAGGCAGAUCAAGCUCCUAUACGCCACCUUGAUUCACGGUAUCAUGAUCCACCAUUGCACAACACAAAUAUCUUACGUCGAACCCCUUCAAUGAGAAGUGCAGAUGAUUUGCCUCAGAAGGACUCGUUAGGUAGUUCUUAUUCCUCAUGGACCAUGGAUAAUUUGAGACAAAGAUCACCUGCUAGAAUUGUAGAACCAUCGAGGCGCUACUCUCUACAAAGAGAUGAUGAGAAACUACAGAGAAGGACGACGGACUCUUCUGUCGAAAAUGCAAGAUCAGUGGGCUAUGUAGCCAAAGAUAUUCACAAGGCUUCAGGUUCUGUUAGUACUGCAACUUUUAUGACAAACUCUCUAUUGCCUCCUACGUCUGCAAAGCCUGUGGCACCGGUUGUUCCAUUACAUCCUCCGCCAAGUGGCAUUGCACACAAAACUCUCUAUCCAGGUGACGAACUUCAAAGUAUGGAUGGCUUGUUGCAGUCUCUAGGAUUGGGAAAAUAUUCCAUUCUUUUUAAGGCUGAGGAAGUUGAUAUGACUGCCUUGAAGCAAAUGGGGGAGAAUGACCUCAAAGAGCUUGGAAUACCUAUGGGACCUAGAAAGAAAAUACUUCUUGCAAUUGCUCCACGUUCCAAGCGACAACCUUGACGAUAAAGCACCUCUUUCAUUGGCUGGUUUAGUCCAGACCUGAGACUCGACACUGUAUGUUCUUUAGAUUUAGAGGCAAGAAAAUGGUACUUGGAUCUGUCCUAUCUUUUUUCAUCAGACCAACAACUUUCUAACAAUGUUUGGGGGGUAUUAGCUUUUGUCUUCCCCGGGUCAUAUACAUCCUUGCAGAGUCUCAGAACACUCUUAAACAUUUUUUGUGUACUACCGUUGAUAGUUUUUGUUGUUCCCAUUCAUAUGUGAUAAAUCCUGGUGUAACAAGAAUAGUGUCAAAUUAUGGGAAGGUUUUAAGCUGAGAGAGAUGUGUAUAUUUCCAAAUGCUUAAUUUCCAGAUUAUGUUCUUCAAUCCCCCUGAUAGUGAAGGAAAGGUCUCUCAGUAUGCCCUGGGAUUCAGCUACUACAACGACGUGAGCUUGGACUUCGGAUCAUUGUGUCGUGGGUUUAGAUUAUCGCCUAAAUCUCAUGCAGAGGAUUUGUUUCUAAUCUUUCUUUAUGCAUUCUGAAAUUUGUUAACACUUCUCUCUGGCGUCAUGACUUGGUUAUGUAAUACCACUUUAUUACAUUUUUCUUAACCAUUAGAUUUGCUUC